CCCCCCCCUCGGGUGGGGGGAGAGGGGCUGGCCAGCAGGAUCAUCUCCCUGGGGCCAGCUGGCAUGCAGUUUCUGGGACCAGUGGUAGUGGAGAUCCCCCACUUUGCUGCCCUGGGUCGAGGAGACCGGGAGCUUGUGGUGCUGAAGAGUGAGAAUGGCUCUGUCUGGAAAGAACAUCGCAAUCGUUAUGGUGAUGAGGUGCUAGAAACCAUCCUUAAUGGGAUGGAUGAAGACUUAGAAACUCAAGAAGAACUCGGAAAAAAGCGAAUUUGCCGCAUUAUCUCGACUGACUUCCCACUCUACUUUGCUGUUGUGUCACGUGUUCAGCAAGAGAGUGAUCUGAUUGGUUCAGAGGGAGGCUCACUGAGAAGUAAACUAGUGCCCAUGGUCCAGGCCACAUUUCCAGAGACAGCAGUCACCAAACGAGUGCGCCUGGGGCUGCAGGCUCAACCAGUUCCAGAUGAACUGGUUGUAAAGCUGUUGGGUAACCAGGCCAACUUCAGUCCGGUGGUCACAGUGGAGCCUCGGCGACGCAAAUUUCACAGACCUAUUGGUCUACGCAUACCACUACCUCCAUCAUGGAGGGAGAGCCCCCGAGAUUCUGGGGAGGGUGAUACCACUAGCCUGCGUUUGCUCUGCUCUGUCAUAGGUGGCACGGCUCUAGCCCAGUGGGAGGACAUCACUGGUACAACCAAGCUAAUAUAUGCUAAUGACUGUGCAAGUUUCACAACUAAUGUAUCAGCACGGUUCUGGCUUGCAGACUGUCCUCGGACUGCCGAGGCCGUCUCUUUUGCCAACCUGCUCUACAGAGAGCUGUCAGUUGUGCCAUACAUGGCUAAGUUUGUGGUGUUUGCCAAGAUGAAUGAGAUCCAUGAAGGACGCUUGCGAUGUUACUGCAUGACCGAUGAUAAGAUGGACAAAACCCUGGAGCAACAUGAGAACUUCACAGAGGUGGCACGCAGCAGAGACAUAGAGGUCAUGGAGGGAAUGUCACUUCACCUGGAAUGUUCUGGAAACCUUGUUCCAAUGAGGAAAGCCACGCAGCAGCCUCACUGCUUCAGCGUCCAGGCUUUUAGAGACAACCGUCUUCCCGUCUCUGUUAAGGUCAGAGACAGCAGUAAAGCGCCCACUGGCUUUUUGUCUUUCCUACGUAAGACCACCAAAUAUGAGGACAGUCAACAUGUGCUGUGCAACCUCAACAUUACUAUGCCACCAUGUAUAAGGAUAAUGGGCAGCGAAGAUCGCAGGAGGACUCUCACUCCGCUGGCUUUGAGAGAAAGAUACAGUGCUCUAAAUGGGCCUGCAAUGGCAUCAAUGAGCACGAUGGAGAGGACUGAGCUAAAAAUGGCUGUGAUUGCAGAACAGUUGGGGCUGAGCUGGGCUGAGUUGGCACGAGAGUUGCAGCUCAGUGUGGAUGACAUCAAUAAAAUCCGUGUGGAGAAUCCAAACUCCCUGCUGGAGCAGAGUUCAGUGCUUCUUAAUUUGUGGGUGACCCGAGAGGGCAAAAGAGCAAAGAUCAAAGUGGAGAGCUUGUACACGGCUCUGAAGAGCAUUGACCGUAUGGACAUUGUCAGUAUGUUGGAGGGACAGCCACCGCAGCCUACGAGACAAGGCUCCCGUGAUUUCAGCAGGCGCCGGCACAACGACAGAAAGCAUCUUUCCCCUGGUAUGACCAAUGGUUAUGGGCUUGCGCAGGAAGAGCUUCUGUCACCGGCCUCCAUGCAGUACAGCCUGCCCUCUCCACUGGGCACUGAGCCAUACUGGCAGGAAGUCUCCAGUUUGGACUGUGCCCCUAUUGCCACCACAGAGGAAGACACCCUCAUGGAGAUGUCUGACGUUCAGGUGUGGCCCUCUGGCAAUAGUCCCUCCCUGGUGCCUGUGGAGGAUUCCUCUCUGGAGUGCAGCAAUGUGGAUGAUUCUGAAUGUCUGCCUGGGCUGCCGUAUGGAAGUCUGGGUGUGCCGGCCAGUCAGACCAGUGCAGCCAGUGGAGGGGGUAGGGUGCUGGGUGGUUUCAUAGAGCUUCAGAGAUGGGGGUUGACUCACUCAGUACUGCUACACCAGCCUCGCAUGGGGGCACCAUCGCUGGGAUGA